GGGACCCCUGGCAACGGGGUCAGGACGUGAUGUGACGUGGGCCGACCUCUGCGUCAGAAUUGAGAGAGAGCAGAAGGCCUCGGUGCGGGGGGUCGCACUGGGGUCCCCUGGAAGGAGGCCAGGCCCGGGCCGGCGGCAGCCAGGGGAGCAGGGGCUCCAAGAACUGGCAGCGCAGCAGAGGCCUUGGUCGCCGGCAGGAGGCCCUCAGGUCACAGAGUGAAGGAGGCAUAGCAGGUCUGUGUCGCUGGACCUGGUGAGGUCCACGUUGUCUCCGAGCCUGGUGCCAGGGGCUCAACUCGCCCAGCCCAACACACAGGGGACUCCUUGUGUAGCCAAUCCUGAUGCGGCCCGCUCUCUGCCCUGGCACGGGGCCUCUCUUGGCCCACCUGCACCCCGACCAGCCAUCCCACCGCUGUCUUCAGCUUUAGCUCCACGCCCACACCAUGCCCCUGAGGCACACGAGUCAGCUCUGGAAGCUGGAAGAAGACCCGGGAGAAGCCCAGGGCCUGGUCAAUGCCCAGCUGCCAGAGGCUGAGGAUGAAGACGAAGUUUCAUCUCCCCCCUACCUGUGUUCCUCUUCCUCCUCCUCCCCCCUCCUCCUCCUCCUCUUGCUCCUCCCCUUCCUUGUCCAGCUCUGGCCUGUUCUUUGUGCCCCCAGAGGAGGGGUCUGAGACUGCCUGGAGUCCUCCCCAGAGCCCUCAGAGUGCCGGGCCCUCCCCCAGUGGCAGGGCACCCAGUGGCUGGAGCCAGGUGGAGUUUGCUGGCCCCAGUGGCCCAGAGGAGGAGAUCUGGAACCCCUGGGAGGUGCCCGAAUAUGCGCAGCCCUCUGCCCAAGGAGGAGACACAAUGCUCAUGAGUGGGGCUGACCUGGUGGGGUUCCUGCUCCGCAAGUAUCUCAACAAGCAGCCCACCAGCCAGGCAGAGGUGCUGGAGGUCCUCAGCCCAGAUAUGCAGGAUGCCUGGCCCGAGAUCUGGGGUCAAGCCUGUGAGUGCAUGCAGCUGGUCUUUGGCGUAGAAGUGAAGGAAGUGGACCCCAUCGCACACUCCUACGUCCUGGUCACCGUCCUGGGCCUCAGCUACGAUGGGAUGCUGAGCGGUGAGCAGGGCCUGCCCACGACCGGCCUCCUGGUGCUGCUCCUGGGGGUGAUCCUCCUGGAGGGCGACCGUGCCCCCGAGCAGGAGGUGUGGGAAGCCCUGGGGGUCAUGGGGGUGUUUGCCGGCAGGCAGCACGUCAUCUAUGGGGAGCCCAGGGAGCUCCUCACCCACGUCUGGGUGCAGGAAGGCUACGUGGAGUACCGGCAGGUGGCGGGCAGCAACCCUGCCCGCUACGAGUUCCUGUGGGGGCCCAGGGCCCACGAGGAAACCAGCAAGCUACGGGUCAUGGAGUAUGUGCUAUGGGUUAAUAGCAGGUGGCCGGUUUCCUCCCUGGCCCCGUUUGAUGAGGAAGAGUGGGCCUGAGCCCCAGAGGCGGCCAGGCCCUUUCCAGCCUUUGGUGGGGUCGGCAGCUUCUCCCGCGGGAUGGGCACGAAGGGAGGCAUCCCUUCGGCUGCUUCUUCCCCGUGGGCGCCUCUGGGUCUCCCUGUGUGUGUGUGUUUGUGUGUUUGUUUGUGUGUUUGUGUUGGAGAAGACAGACCACUGGGCUUUCUAGGAGUGCAGGGCCAGGGCGGCUUGGGGGCAGAAAGCAGGGUGAAAAGCCACUCUGGGGGCCUGUUCUCUGCCGCGACCCGGAGAUCGAGAGCUUGGUUAACAUGAGGAGGCUCUUGCACAUCGCUGCUCGGAUUCGGGGGAUUCAUCAGCUUGGGAGGCUACGUGUGUCACUGACAUUCCCCCCGCCCGGACCGCCGCAGCCGCCGCCCCCCCCCCCCAUCCCGAACUUCUGUACAUCCCCCAGUUCAACAGUUAAGAGUUUCAUCCUGUCCUGAAAACCAGCUGGCCAAAGUCCACCUUCGUCCCUGUGUGGGUCCCACCCGGAUCCUCAUCCCAGGCAGGGCACUGGGACAGAAAUGGGUUGGGAAGCAGCAAGGACGGAGGGGUCAAAGGACGGGGUCGGGUCGUGCAGCCAAUAAAAAGGAAAAGUCUUUUGUUCUGGC